UUCUUUAACUCCCCUCCCUACCCCUAGCGCUUAGGCCGGUUUGAGCUGGUUGAGGCUGGUUCCAUUCCUUCAGGCGGUGUGUAGGAGACUCUGGCCACCCUGCUGCCUUCGUUCCUAGCGGGUUGAUCCCUGUACUUCUCUGAGCCCCGCCCGGAAGUGGAGCUGCUGUCUGUGUGGCGCGUGGCUCGUGGCGCGUGUGCUUGUAUGUGGCCAGCAGAGGGCGCUCGGUUCCCAUGGUCCAGCUUGGCGGGCUACAAGCGCCCGCUCGCCUGUUCUCCCGCCCUCUCUCCUCCCCAGCGCCCUCCCGCCCGCCCGCGUGGCUGUUACCGGGUGAACGCGUGAGCUCCUGAGCCCUUAAAAGAGUCCUCCUCCCCUUGCUCUUUGCGCAGACGUUCCACUUUGGGGCGUCUGUGCCCGAGGGCAAGCGGGUGGGUCCUCGGGACCCGAAAAGGGGGGACAAGAAAGUUAAAGGGGGCGUGGGCGAGCGUAGAGAAAGAAGGCGGACAACAGCGGAAAAGUAAGGGAAACAAACCCAAAAAGUAAGCAAAGUGGCCCAACUUGGGCGCCGGGUGGAAGGGAAGGAGAUGGAGGGGAUAGAAGGCAAGGAAAUGGACGGGUCAGAAGGCAAGGAGAAGGACGGGUCAGAAGGCAAGGAGACGGACGGGGCAGAAGGGAAAGAGAUGGGCAGGUCAGAAAGGAAGGAGAUGGAGCCCGAGGUAGAGAACAAAACCAUUAAAGUAGAGCCCACCGAUCCCCGUGAGACCCAUCCCAGUGACAAUGACCCGGAAAAUGACCCCGACAACGACCCCGACCCCGGAGAGGGACCGUCCUCUUUGAUCAGGGUCCCCAAGGUAGGACUGCGGGAACCUAAACCGGGACCGAGCCACAAGAUCAUGGACGACGACGAAGAUGACAGUGAUGAUGAGGAUGAAGAUGAGGAUGAGGAUGAGGAUGAGGAUGAAGAUGAUGCUAACUUGCCCUUGGUAGUCUGGGAGCAGCCCCUCAAAGUGGGCAAGGAAGAGCCCAUGGACUACGAUGAUGACUGCAUGCCUGGACCCAGCCGAGCCAAGCCCCUUCACAACUGGGACUCAAACAGUGACUCGGGUUCCGAAAGCUCUGUCAUAUCCUGUAGAAUCCGAGAACUUCGUGGCGAAGAUGAUGAGGAAGAAGAUGAUCAAGCUCGGGCACCAAAACAGAAGAGCAUCUUCUGCUUUAAAAAGAAAGACAUACCUGCUGCUGAUGCAUGUGUGCCAGUAGAUGACAUGACUCUCAUUCUGCCUGAAAGUGUUGAACUACAGCCCUUUGGGAGGGUUUCAGGUAUUAUCGAAAAACUAGGAAAAGUAAUAAUUGAAUCUGUGACUGAUCUACCACCAGUUUGUGAAGAUAGCAUGAUCUUUAAGAGCAACCGACAUGCUGCUGGAAAGAUUUUUGAAAUCUUUGGCCCUGUUGCACAUCCCUUCUAUGUCCUACGCUUCAGUUGUUUGGAACACAUCAAGAGAAAGGAUAUCAAAAUCCGAGACAUCAUGUAUUUUGCCCCCUCAAUCCAGCACUUCACUCGCUACAUAUUCACAGACAGGAUUAGGGAUAGGGGUUCUGAUGCUUCCUGGAAGAAUGACCUAGAGCCACCACCUGAAGCUGUUGAUUUCAGUGAUGAUGAAAAAGAAAAGGCAGCUAAGAGCAAGAAGAAAUACUAUGGACGGAAUCGAAAGAAGCAGAGGGCAGAGUACAGGUCAAAAAGCAGAUCUAGUUACAGCAGGGAUGGUCGGAAGGGUUGCAGACCAGAACCCAGGCAGCUUGCCCUCCAGGAAAACAGCCAGGAGAAUAGGCAGGAUGAUAGACAGGAGGAGAAACAGGAGGAGAAACAGGAGGAGAAGCAGGAGGAGAAGCAGGAGGAGAAACAGGAGAACAAGGAGGAGAAUAAGCAGGAGAACAAACAGGAAAAGCAGGAGAACAAGCAAGACAAUAGGCAGGCUUCCCGCCAGGACAAUAGGCAGGCUUCCCGCCAGGACAAUAGACUAGGAGCCCGGGAAAGAACAACUUCCCAGCAGCAGAACAGACAGGGAGCGCACAGAGAUCAGAGAAAGGGUGGCCGACAUGAUCAGAGGAAAUCUAGCAGACAUGAUCACAGGCAUUCCAGCCGCCAUGAUCGCAGGCAGGAUCGCAGGCAGAUGGUCCAGCAUGAUCACAGGCAGCUUAUCCAGCAGGAUUUCCGACAGGAAUACUGCCAGGAGUUUGGCCAGGAGUUUGGGGGUCAAGAUUAUGGACAGCUAGAAUUUGGGCAGCUAGAGUACGGGCAGCAGGAGUUUGCGCAGGAGUAUCAGGAGUUCCGACAGGAGUACCAUCAGGAGUACCACCAGGAGUAUCGUGCUGCUGCUGCUGCCGCCGCCGCUGCUGCUGCUGCUGCUGCUGCUGCUGAGUAUCAUCAGGAGUACAGACCUGUUGCUGAGUUCCGUCAGGAAUACCGGCCUGACUAUCAGAAUCUUGGUGCUUAUGGAGGAGAAGCACCCCCAGCUGCUCACUGGUGCCCCCAGCCUCGUGAGGCUGGAAGGAGCUGCUACAACAAACGCGAGUACCACCGAGAAUUCUCCCGGGGCAGACACCACAAGUCCAGUCACUCCAGGUCCCAGGCAGCUGGGCAGUUUUACAACGCCGAGCACAGAUUUUAAACUUCUUGAGGGCCAGGACCAGACAUUGUACUUCUGUAUGUAACCCCACAACAUCUAGAUUGGUACUACGUACGUAGUAACCCCUCCAUGAAAUUUAUUGGCUAAUUCUAUCAUAUUUAUGAUCUCAAAACUCUAACAGCUUGUACAUUGGCACUGAGGUGUUGUACAUAGCCUCUGGAGACAUCCACAAAAGGUGGUUGUGUGCCAAGAGAUUGUGAGAGAAGUCAGUGCUCCCUUUGGGCAGUUUUGCUCCUUUUAUAACAACAUUACCAUGCAACUAGAAUCCCAGAUGCAGAUGGCUCACUUCAUUCUUUAAUGGAGUCCACUUGUCCUAUUGAAUGGGAAAGGAAGGUGUGAGCUGGACUAGUUGGCUUUCUGAGGACUCUUCUGACAAGGAGAUUCUCUGAAAUGAAGAGAGACAUUUGAAGGAAAGAUGGGCUAGUGUUUUGAACAUGAAGGAAAAAACUGAGAUGAAUAAUAAUUUAAACCAUUUAUCUAUUUUAUGGAAUCUACAGCAGUUGAUAUGAGACAGAGUGACUCGGGCCUCUGCCUCAUGUACUGCUAGUUCAAAUUAGAGCACUGAAAUAUAAGUAUUGUUAUAAUUUUCAAUAAUUAUGGAGCAUCUUUUCCCCCCAAAGACUUCAAAUCAGUUUGCAGAUAUCCCAUUCUCAUAACCAAAUGAGAUCAAUGGGUAGAAAGUCUCAUAUAUUAAAAUUUUCCUGAACAUCACGUCUAAGAAUUUCCUUUGGAACAUGCUGAAUUAGAGGUCCUUGUAGAGGAGCAAAGAGUGAAGAUCACUGAGUGAAGCAAAAGCUCUCUCAAAUCACUUAGCACCUCUAAGGCCUCAGGGUCCUUUGAAAUUGGCACAAUGUUAGUAUGUCACUCAUGUAAAUUCUGUGUCUGUAAAAGAAGGGUCUAAGGUCCCUUCCAGUGAUAAUGAUGUGUGUUUCUGUGAUACAUAAUACUGUAAAAAUGCAAAAAACAAAAAACAAAAAAAAACUGUGAGUAAAUGUAGAUCUUUAAGUAUGCCAAAAAACAAAAAAACCCAGCAACCUAUAUACCUUUAACUUCAGUGUUCUCUUCCUUAAGCGCCAUUAGUUUUAAGUGGUACUUAGAUUGUCAUUCUAGAUUGUCAGUAGCUAAUUAAUAUAUUCUUGGCGCUACAUAAAUCUUAAACUGGUACUAAUAUCUAUGUUAAAUGUAUCUUUCUCUAUUUGAUGUUAUUUCUCUCUUUUUAACUAUAGGAUAAGUAACUGUAGAGUAAACUAUAGAGUAAAACUCUAUAAAACUCUAGAGUUAAAAACCACCAUUUGGGGCUAAGGGCUAUAUUGUGAUUGGUGCUGGUGAAAUUUGUGCCGUAAAUGACUUAGUUAUUCAACUAAGUUAUCGUCCCCGUAAAUCUGUUGUGGAGUGCCGUAACCCAAUUACAUUAUGCAUGUAUAUGUUGAUAUCUUAAAUGUUUAUCGAUGUUUAAAUGUUCAAAUAAAUGUUCAAAGAAAUGUUCAAAGCAGUGUUCAAAUAAAUGUUCACAAAAUCAAUGAAA